UCUGUGUCCCUGCUGGUGUGUGAAGUAUUCACUUUCCAUCAGUCUCUCUGCUCUGUUGCCAAUAGCACAUUGCCAAAAUAUCCAGAGACAGCACUAUGUGUGCUUUCAGCAAAUGCUGCCUAUAGACCCUCAUGGCAUUAGACUGCUUCCUAGCGUCCUGUCAAAGAGCGCCAGCUUCACCAUCAGUCUCUUCCAGAUGAUCAAUUACUCCACCGCGUACCUGCACUGUGACCUCAGCGUGUGUUUGAGGAACCGUUCUGAGUGCGAGAAGCAGUGCGUUCAGAGUCGAAAUGCGCAUCUCAGAGAGGAACCAGGGGCUAUCUUCAGCAGCACGGGAAACCGCAUUUCUUUUGGCCCUGUUUUGAAAGAAGCAGACAAUUCAUCAUUCUCUGAAACAGCAGAUGACACUGAAGCCGUGGUGAUGAUUAUCAGCUCAGUGGCCAGCUGUUUGCUGGCAUGUUUGGCUCUCUUUCUUGUCUGGAUGGCAAACAGACGUUGUCUGCAAAGGUCCAGGACCCUUUGUGAAUGCUAACUGAACAGAGCUCACUGCAAACCAGCCAACUGGACUGAAAUCUGCAUUGAGCAUUCAAUCAUUAUCUGACAGUUUUUGAAUUGCUCAUAAUUAUGUUUAGUUAGCUGCACUGGGAAACUGAUUAAACUAUUAAAGUUUUUUAAAGAGGCCCAAUUUGCUCUUGAAAAUGCGAUUAUUCUAUCAUGCUUUAAAUGUUACAAUAGAGCUGUAAAAAAUGCAAGCCAGUCAGCCAUUUCAUUGUGAACACUUAUACAUUAUAUACUUAUAUAUAUACACUAAGUAAAUGUGUAUGGAUUGUUAACAAACAGCCAUUUAAAGGGAUAAUUCAUAUAAGAGCUUGCCCUAAUGUCAUUCCAAAACCUUUCUUUCCUCUGCGUAAAGGUGAGAUUUACCUUAGUUCCGCAAAUUUUCACCCAAAAAAUGCAAUAAUUUCUUUGAAUUCCAUGUGAGGGCAUUGGGUUCAAGUUGGUCACACAGACUGUCUGAAAGUGACUUCUUCUGUGUGAGUUGUAGUGUAUACAUUCCCACACUAUUGACAAUGUACUGUGACUGUAGACACUACAGGCAAAAACACUCAUGCAUCAAUGUCAUGCAUUAAUGACAUUUUGGUUUUUCUCAAAAAUAUCUCAGAUGUAUUUUUUUUUCAGACUAGUAGAAAGAAAACAUCCAAAAUGCACUUUAAGUGCUACUUUUAUAACAACUUAUGUAUUUGUGUUUGUAGAUUUCAGGCACAAUUCAUAUCUUUAAAGGCCAUUUUCUCAAAAGGUGAUUUUUCUCCGACUCUGACUCAUAAAUCUCCACUUCAGUAUCACUCACAUACACCAUCUAUAUUCUAUAGGUUUUCACAGAGGGGUUUGUUCAGA